AUCAUGGCCUCUAAAAGGAUCAGUAAGGAACUGAAAGACUUGCAGAAGGAUCCUCCUGUUUCUUGCAAUGCAGGUCCUGCUGGAGACGACAUGUUUCAUUGGCAAGCAACGAUUAUGGGUCCAAUAGUUAGUCCUUAUGCUGGUGGGGUGUUCUUAGUGUCAAUUCACUUUCCUCCUGAUUAUCCAUUCAAGCCACCUAAGGUAUCUUUCAGGACAAAAGUUUAUCACCCUAACAUCAAUAGCAAUGGCAGCAUCUGCCUUGACAUUUUGAAAGAACAGUGGAGCCCUGCCUUUACAAUUUCAAAGGAUUUUUUUUUUGUCUUACUAUCUAUAUGCUCAUUGUUGACAGAUCCUAACCCAGAUGAUCCUUUGGUAUUAGAAAUUGCACAUACAUACAAAAUUGAUAGAGCUAAGUAUGAGACUAUUGCUCGUGCCUGGACCCAGAAAUAUGCCAUGGGUUAA